UACUUUCUGCUCCCUGUAGUCCAACAAACACUCAGAGGAACGUGUCCGAAGCGCCACUCAGUCUCUGACGCGCCCCGUCCGUUCCGACGCGUCCUUCGACGCCGUUCCCGAACGCUUUUCUUUGAUAGCAUUUCGGCGCCGCGAGCGAGCGUACACGGGGGUGUGCGAGAAGUUUAAAGCGGAAGUUGAACCUGACUCGAGCGCGUCUGUCGCUCGCUCGCCACUCGUGCGUUUGGCGCUCGGACCCCUGCGUGUCGAACAGCCGGCGUUGUCUGGUCGCGUUUAUGAAUUUGCGGCGGCGUAAAUAAAUCACACCGACACAGAUGAGCUCUUUUUACGACGAUAAGGCUGCGUUAGGACUGGCCGAGGAGCUCGAUCAGGUGCACUGUCAGGAUGAGCUGGAGUUUGAGUAUCUUUUUGAGUAUGGAACCACGACGGAACUUCAAGAUGAGCAGAGCAUCUCGUCGACCAAAGACCUCAUCUCUCCUCCUGGCCUCUCCUAUCCCGUGGAGGAGGCUCAACCGUACGGCAUCAAGCCGUGUGCAGCUUCCUUCGCCGAACUCAGCGCCGGGGGCCUCUCGGGCUACGCCCAACUGGAGCCCAAGAGCUUCCUGGAGAACGCCAGACCCAACAGCCAAGCCCUGAGCCCCCGGAUCGAGAUCACGCCCUCUCGAGAGCACUAUAGUCAUGGUCGAGACUCGCUCCAGAACCAUCUGGUGAACAUCAGCCCCAGUCCCGGUCUCACCGUGCCCGGUCACGACCCUCUGGCCUACAGGGAGCCUCAGUGCUUGAGUCCCGCCAGCAGCAACUCAUCCACCUCCUGGCAAUCAGAGAACCUCUCGCCCUGGGCUUCCCCUUGCGUUUCACCCAGCAACAGCCAAGCGGCUGGAGAACUCUGCCCCCGACUCCAAGGCGUCCACACGGGCUCCCCCCGAACCAGCCCGGGGACCUCUCCUCGAAGCAGCCUGGCCGAGGACGGCUGCGUGGGGCCACGGUCUCCUUCGCCCCGGCCCGGCUCGCGCUCCACCUCCCCUCUAUGCAAACGCACCUACGACAUGUACAGAAACCUGGUGCCGGUGGCCCGUUCGCGCAGCCCGUCGCCCCACGGUGGCCACGAAGAGCAUCACGCCCCCCAUUACGGCUCCAAUAACAUCUCAGGGGUCAUGAAUGGCUUCAGCAUCGCCCAAGCUGCUUCCAUUCCUACCAAAAUCGUGAAGACCAACCAGCAGCCCUACCCGCUUUACCAGGAGAACCACACUGAGAGUUACCUGGUGUCAUGUGACCAGGAUAUGAAGACCAAACCUGGCCCCGAACCGUUCUUCGUAAUCCCUCAAAUCUGGCCUAAACAGCUAGUGCCGGGAAUAUGCAGCAUCCCUGUGGCCUCCCUGCCUCCGCUGGAGUGGCCUCUGCCGAGCCGCACCGAUCAGUACGAGCUCCACAUCGAGGUGCAGCCCAAACCGCACCACAGGGCCCACUACGAGACCGAGGGCAGCCGCGGGGCGGUCAAAGCCCCUACCGGAGGUCACCCGGUGGUCCAGUUACGUGGAUACCGAGGCAAGGAGCCGCUGGGAUUGCAGAUCUUCAUCGGCACGGCAGACGAGCGCAUUUUAAAACCUCACGCUUUCUAUCAAGUCCAUCGCAUUACAGGCAAAACCGUCACCACCACCAGCUACGAGAAGAUCCUCAGCAGCACCAAAGUCCUGGAGAUCCCUCUUGAGCCAAAGAAUAACAUGAAAGCGAUAAUCGAUUGUGCCGGGAUCCUCAAGCUUCGCAACGCCGACAUCGAACUGCGCAAAGGAGAGACAGACAUCGGGCGGAAAAACACGCGCGUUCGGCUGGUUUUCCGUGUUCAUAUUCCCCAGCAAGGGGGCCAACAUGUGUCUCUGCAAGUUGCUUCGCAUCCCAUCGAAUGCUCCCAGAGGUCUGCCCACGAGCUGCCCAUGGUAGAAAAACAGGACAUGGACACCUGCUCGGUUCUGGGAGGCCAGCAGAUGAUUCUUACGGGCCAGAACUUCAGCGCAGAUUCAAAGGUGAUCUUCAUGGAGAAGACUCAUGAUGGGCAGCAAAUUUGGGAAUUGGAAGCCACAGUUGACAAAGACAAAAGUCAGGCAAGCAUGCUGUUCAUUGAAGUGCCUCCGUACAGAGACCCAUCCAUUUGCAAUCCAGCCAAAGUCAACUUUUAUGUGAUAAAUGGGAAACGGAAGCGCAGUCAACCGCAGCAUUUCACCUACACUCCUCUACCAGUUCCAUCCAUUAAGACAGAGCCUGUGGAUGAAUAUGAAUCUGGUCGGAUGGGUUAUUCCAUGUCACAGAUGCUGGGGGUGUCUCCCCAUCAGUACUAUAACCCUCGAGGGGUCAUCACUCCAGAGAGUGGCCUGGUGCCUGGCCUUGUCUCCUGUCAGCAGACCCGCCUAGGUGUCUCCCCUCCGGACCACCGAUUUCAGCAGCAGAGCCCAGCCAUAAUGUACUCCCGUCCUGGAAAGAGCUUGUCAAGCAGUCCUAUUUACUCUCAGACGGGGGCCGCUAUGAUCCCAGACUCCCAUCGAUCAGUUCUGGUCCACACGGGUUCCCCAGCCCAGUCUCACCUGGCUGGCCAGCAUCCUUCCAACCAGCAUCCCUCAAUCAUCCAGUUCUCUCCCACCAACCACCACCUGCUCAGGGGAGGAGAUCCUCCCGCUCCACCACCCCCAGAACAUCAGCACAUAAUUUAUUGCGAGGGCUACAAUCAACACGGUCCUCAAACCUCAGGAGCAAACCGUUCACCAGCACCAGCCCAGGCACCUCAACAUCCUCAGAAUUACCCCACAGUAAUCCAACAACAGCCCUUCCUCCAGAGAGUGGCCAAAGACAGGUCACCUCCCAUCCAAGUAGAGCCCCAGAGAUGUUCCUCGACAGAAGAACAGAGAACCAGCGCUCCUGGACGAGUCACGGUCAAGCAGGAGAACUUAGACCAGGCCUACCUUGAUGAUGUGAAUGAGAUCAUAAGGAAGGAUCUGACAGGAGUGCCCGGGAGGGGUCAGACAUAGAGGAAGCCCCCGAUCCAGCGUCACGCGGGACCCGUCCUGCGUUCAGUGCCUCCCGAGAGCGGCAGCGACGCCUCGGCCCGGUCAGACAUCACCCCUGACCAAAAAAAAACUGGAUCACGGACCGCAUUUAACCAAACAUCCAUCUCAGUCAACUCCAGCAACGGCAGCGUGUUGAUGUGCAAAGGGUAUUGAAUUUCCCUGCUAUUAUUUGACUUUCGAAAACCGUCCAAUGUUGAUCUCAUAUGUCAAAGUUGUCAGAGCCUUGAGCUUUCAUAAACAGUUUGGAUUGGACAGGUGGAGUUAAGUUAAUUUUUUCCUUUUUGUGGGUUUUUUAUUCCACUUUUCCUUUUGACUCACGUUAAUGAACUCACUCAGAUCAGUGCAUUUCGAGCAAUAACCUCAUCAGCCGUCCGCCAUGUUCCCCAAAACAUACUUUGCACAUACUUUCGAAUGGAAAGUGGAUAAAUACAUCGCACCACUUCUAACGUUUGAUACACGUGUCUGAGAAUAGGUCGUUUUUGUGCACGUGUGCACAGCAAAGCUAAUUUUUGGAUAAAAAAAAAAAAAAAAAAAAGCCUUAAUGUUUUAAGCAAAUGCACUUCAUGAAGGGAAAGCAGAGAAUGCACUUCUUGUCAACAAAUUAUAUUUUAUUUAAAGUAUCUCAGCAGAAUGAGAUUUUUUUUUGUAGUCCUAUAGAUGUCGAGCAAAUACAGCUAAAAAACCAAUGAAGUGAUAUUAUCUUUGUGAUGUAUAUAGAAACUGUUUUAACAUCUGUGCCUUUUCCUAAAGUGCUUUCAUUCUACCAAAACGCAGAACAAGCUAACCAAAAAUAAAAUAUAGCUAGUUUAGUCGGAGCCCGUAAUGCCCUGCACUACGUUUUGGGUUCUGAAACAUCUUUGUGCCAAACUAAAACUGUAUGGUUAUCAUAUUUUAUCAUUGUUUAUCUGUGCAUGAUACGACUCCGCCAGGUCAGUCUGUUCUAUUUACGAAUAUACAACUCUUGAGAUAUUCGAGUUUUGCGCCCCAUGUUAAAAAUGUAGAAUAGAUGUUUUACGGACCUUGUGGAUUUUAUUAACCGUAACUGCUUUGAUUUUACGACAUGCAUUUAUAUUUUGCGUGUAAACGGAAAGCAUUCGGGUUUCUGUAUUUAUACUUAAAGUAGAUACGGUCUGCAUGUCUCUGUAACGCUGUCACGUCCGUUUUCUCAUCUGACUAUAAACUGACGAACAUUUAUUAAAGCAACAAACUAAUUAAUGAAGAAGCAUCGGCUUGCGGUGAAAAAAAUAUUGGAAAUAUUUUUGGAGGCAAACCUGCCCACUUUACAAAAAAAUUAAUAAUUAAUGCACAAGCGGUAAACUUUUCUAUGUCUUUACAAUUUAGGCUGAAUAAUUAACAGAGGUAUAAAUUAUAAAUUAAGUCUAAAAUUUAUUUUUGGAAAAAAGAGUGAUGCUGAUGUUUCUGUGGAGCCGUUGUUUCAGUAUAUACUGGGCAUAACAAAGCAACUAUAUUCAGAAUGUAAACCUUUCCUUUUUACUGUACAUAGAUUGCCUUGAAAGUGUAUAGACUGUUUCUAUAAAUUUUAUUUUUUAGAAUCAGAUAGUCGUAAUAGGAAGAGAAUAUUUAUAUGAACUGAAUCAGUUGUUCUCUUGCCAUUUAAUAUCUUAUAACCCGAGGCUCUGGGAAUAUAUGAACUGCCAAAGCUUUUGCCGCGUAAAGACAAAUCGCAUUUUAAUUUUUUUUUUUUUUUUUUACAUUAUUGUAAGACUGUCGAUGCCAAAAGAGAGACCAAUUCUAUUUUUUAUUUCAUUCGCUUUUCAUGAUCAUAUUCAUGUUUUGGCUUAAGCAUGUCUAACCUGAUGUGUUUAGACGUGUAACGUUGUUUGUCAAAUAAAGCCUACUAGCUGAGAACAUGAGCAAUAAAACUGAAAGCUUUGAAGAGA